GAGCGAGGUGAGCGCGGACGUCAGAGUGGAGAGCGGAAGGUCAGGAAGGCUCGGACCGGAAGUGAGACUAGGGAGUCUGUCCGCCAUUGUGGACCCGAGAAGCGGAGAGCGAGAGGGGAAGAGGAGCGUGCAGGCGGAAGAGACGGGCCCCUUCCAUCGACUCCCCAGCGCGAGGCCCUCUUUCUGGCUUCUCAGCGAGCAGCAGCGGCGGCGGCAGCUGGAACAGUCAACUCGGCCGAGGGCGGCAGCCAACUGCUGUGAGUGCUCGGGGAGAGGCCCAGGCGGCAGCGGCGGCGGCGGCAGCAGCAGCAGCUCUCGGGUUGCGGUGAAGAAUGUCAGCCACUAGCGUGGAUCAGAGACCUAAAGGGCAAGGAAAUAAAGGUGGGAAAACAUGAUGCACAGAUCUGUUGACUUUCCUAACUUGAUGUAGUCAGACCAGAGCAAAGAAUCACCUGGCUCCUAAGGCCCAUGUUCUAUCUUGAUUUGACUCUGCUUCAUAGAGCAGAGGAAACAGGCGAAGAAUCAUUUUCAGUACAAAACGGUUCGAUUCAUCAAAAAGAUGCUGUAAAUGAUGAUGAUUUUGAGCCAUACUUAAGCAGCCAGACAAAUCAGAGUAACAGCUAUCCACCAAUGUCAGAUCCAUACAUGCCUAGUUACUAUGCUCCAUCCAUUGGAUUUCCAUAUUCUCUUGGGGAAGCAGCAUGGUCCACGGCUGGAGACCAACCUAUGCCAUAUCUGACAACCUAUGGACAAAUGAGUAAUGGCGAACAUCACUAUAUACCAGAUGGUGUAUUUGGUCAGCCUGGGGCAUUAGGAAAUACCCCUCCAUUUCUUGGUCAGCAUGGAUUUAACUUUUUUCCUGGUAAUGCUGAUUUCUCUACAUGGGGGACAAGUGGAUCUCAGGGACAAUCAACACAAAGUUCUGCUUAUAGUAGCAGUUACGGCUAUCCACCCAGUUCUCUUGGGAGAGCUAUCACUGACGGACAGGCUGGAUUUGGCAGUGACACUUUGAGUAAGGUGCCUGGCAUUAGCAGUAUUGAGCAAGGCAUGACUGGACUGAAAAUUGGUGGUGACCUGACGGCCGCAGUGACAAAAACUGUAGGAACAGCCUUGAGCAGCAGUGGUAUGACGAGCAUUGCGACCAACAGUGUGCCCCCCGUUAGCAGUGCAGCACCUAAACCAACCUCCUGGGCGGCCAUUGCCAGGAAGCCUGCCAAACCUCAACCGAAACUGAAACCCAAGGGCAAUGUGGGAAUUGGGGGUUCGGCUGUGCCACCCCCGCCCAUAAAACACAACAUGAAUAUUGGAACUUGGGAUGAAAAGGGGUCCGUGGUAAAGGCUCCACCAACCCAACCAGUUCUGCCUCCUCAAACUAUAAUCCAGCAGCCUCAGCCAUUAAUUCAACCACCACCAUUGGUGCAAAGCCAACUGCCUCAACAGCAGCCUCAGCCGCCACAACCACAGCAGCAACAAGGACCUCAGCCCCAGGCCCAGCCUCACCAAGUGCAGCCCCAACAGCAGCAGCUGCAGAACCGCUGGGUGGCUCCUCGGAACAGGGGAGCCGGCUUCAACCAGAACAAUGGAGCGGGCGGUGAAAACUUUGGUUUAGGUGUUGUUCCUGUCAGUGCUUCACCUUCUAGUGUAGAAGUGCAUCCAGUGCUGGAAAAGCUAAAGGCCAUAAACAACUACAAUCCCAAAGACUUUGACUGGAACCUGAAGAAUGGACGUGUGUUUAUAAUUAAAAGCUACUCUGAGGAUGACAUUCACCGUUCCAUUAAGUACUCUAUCUGGUGUAGUACUGAGCAUGGGAACAAGCGUUUGGAUGCAGCUUACCGUUCCCUGAAUGGGAAAGGCCCACUCUAUUUACUCUUCAGUGUGAAUGGCAGUGGACAUUUUUGUGGAGUGGCUGAAAUGAAGUCUGUUGUGGACUAUAAUGCAUAUGCUGGUGUCUGGUCUCAGGAUAAGUGGAAGGGCAAAUUUGAAGUUAAAUGGAUCUUUGUCAAAGAUGUUCCCAAUAACCAAUUACGGCAUAUUCGCUUAGAAAAUAAUGACAACAAACCAGUUACCAAUUCAAGGGACACUCAAGAGGUACCCCUAGAAAAAGCUAAGCAAGUGCUUAAAAUAAUUGCUACUUUCAAGCAUACCACCUCAAUCUUUGAUGACUUUGCACAUUAUGAAAAGCGUCAAGAAGAGGAGGAAGCCAUGCGUAGGGAGAGAAAUAGAAACAAACAAUAACCAUAUGAAGAUGUCCUGUUAGAAUUACAACACUAAUGAUGUAGACUUUGGAAAUGCCUAAUAAGUCAAAGAAGACGUUAUUAAAGCUUUUUUUCUGCUUAAGGUGACAUCUUUGAACUCUUUAACACAGAAUUGACUCUUGUAAUGGUUUUCAUCAGCGCAUCUGCCCUUAUAUUCUCACCACACACACUUGAGAACUGUAACUUCCUCAAGCACUUUCUGUCCUGCAGCUUUUCCCAGUAUCUGCUGUCUUUUGUAAUUAUGCAUCCUAGCUAAGGCACAGAAGACUGAAUGAAUGCAAGGAUUCAUUAACUGUUUGAACUUGUUAAAUACUAACGGUUAACCAUUAGAAGUGGUUCAAUGAUGUAAGAGUCACACUGCUUCAACUUUUUCUUUGUUGUAGUUUUUAAAUUGUCGAUUUUUAGCUAUUUGACAGAUUAAAAGCAAAAUAAUCAUGCCAUAUUUAGUCCUGGAGUUCAAGUCUAAAUGUUUAUGUGAAAAAUUAUUGUAGUAAACUUUUAAUAUGGCAAAGCAACCUUAAGCUCUAUUUUAGCCAAAUGAAACAUAAUCUGAGAUUAUAUUAGAACAUUUCCCUUGUCUUCAAACUGUUUGGUGUAACAGAAUAUUGAUACGCAGCUUGGUGCAUCUCACCAGUUAAUGCACAUUCUUCUCCCCUCCUUCCCCCAAUAAUGUGUAUACUGAAAAAUGUGCAUUUGUCUGAGAAGUUCUUUUGUUUGCUACCACUUAAUUAAUGAAUCUCAAAAUUUUGAGUAAAUGUACCUCAGUCUAAUCAGACUUUUUAUGACCUUUAUAACUACAUUUAAAACCCUUAAUUCCGAUUUCUGGGUGUUUGCGAGCCUGAUUGCUAUCAUGAAGUAAACCUUUAUUAAUUACUGUAGGUAUUCACUAGCUAAAUAAACAUAGUCUUGUUUAGCAAGCAUAUACUGUUCCUCAACUCUUUUCUCCAGCUUUUGCAGUGUCCUGGCAUCCUUAAAAUACUUUGAAAAUAUGGCCUUGAUCCAUGGAUUAAAUCAGUAUCUAAGUGAAUGUGUUGAUGUUUUUAUUGAUCAGAUCUAUAUAAAUGGGAAUACAGCAUAUAUCUGGGUAUUCUUAUAGUUAUCUUUUUAACAUCCUUUUUUUUCAUUAAUUACAUAUCAACAUUAAUUUUGUAUCUUGAAACAAAUUGAUUUUGUAUGAUUAAAUGUGUCAAGCAUCUGUAUAACUGAUUUGGUGGCAUAAGGUUAUGAAGAUAAUGUACUGCCCCUUAUAUUACUGUUCCAAAAGGAGAGAGCUAUGUAGAAAGAUACGAUAAGGGUGAAAAUAGCAAUACAGCAGAUUUGAAUACCUUGGUAUUUUGCAUUACUCCAUUUAUGUUUACAUCAUGUUCAGAAAUGUUUUCAUUUGGUUACUUCAAUUCAAAAAUUUAGUGACAUAUUUCUUUGCGGCUUUCAUUUAUAUAAUUUUUUGUACAAUGUUUUCUUAAAAUGUACAAAUACUGUAUUCAUGUGAAGUAAAAUACAGUAUUUGUAGAUAAUCGUAGCUACUUCACAGGUUCUUGGUAGUCCCGUUGUAGUUAUAUCAGUGUUUACUGAAGGGAACAUUAAAAUAUUAAUGGUAUUUUACAAAAUAAAGACUUUCUUAAAGGAAAGUUGCACCUGUUUUACCUUUUUAAGAGUAAGCCAUGAAAUCUUGUAACAUGUCUCUUAACUAUUUGUAAUGAAAAUUGGCAUUUGGGUAUAGUAACCACGGCAGUGUUCUACGCCCCUAAGAUUAUACAGGUAGGACAUGUCAAAGAUGACUGCUGUCACCCUGGAGGCCCUAUUAGAGAAAACUAUAAAGGGGUGACCUCGUAGAAAGGAUUGAGUCCUCGCUCUGAGGUUCUCUUUUUCUUGGUGCUUUAUUAGCAACUCUGAAUAUUUUUAUAAAACUAGUUACAUUAUAAAUGGAUUGAAACUUGUUUAAUUUACAUUUGGUUUCUGUGUGAGAAAUACCGCAGAAACACAGCAAGCAGGCUGAUUGCAAUAGCCGACUCAGAAAUGUCCGGUGUAAUAGGGUGGUCUGUUCAUCAUGAGGCAUACAUCCCAGUGCCUUUCACCUGGAUUUCUAUUAAGUGAAAUGGGUGCAGCCUUCCUUUGGAAAUAAGAACUUUAUCUUUUCAAUCGGUGGUUUUUUUUUUCCCUCUGUUAAAUUUUCUUCAGAGCACCUACUUUCUCUUCCUCCUUGGUCUGUCAGUGUACUGCAAAAUGUUUUUCCUCUAAGUGAAAUUACCACAGGUUGUCUCAAUAGCACAACUAACUGAAUGUUUCUUAACUGGAGGGACCAAAAGGGAGAGAACCUGGGCUCUACAGCAGGAGACACAUAAUCAGAUGUUUGAAUAAUCACAAAUUAAGACACGAUUGGCCCGGUAAAUUUCUUGCUUAAUGUUUUUCCAAGAUAUGUCUUGAAUGUUUCUUAUUAAAGUUAUCUUAUGUGGGUAUUUUAUUUUGAAAGGUAUUAUAGUUUGUAUAUUUAACAGUAAAGGGGAAAAUGUAACCAAAAUUAGUAUUCUUUUCUCUAUACAUAUUGGUACUUGAAGAUUCCUUUCAAAAGAAACCCGGCCUUUUCCUAAUUUCAAUACUUAAUUCCUCAUUUUAAGUGAUCUUUCUAAUUCAAAAGCUGUGUUCUUUUUGAAUACCAUGCAUGGAGGUUAAGCUGAUGUUAAAGCAGUUUGCAAUAAAAAAGAAUCAGCUUAAAUCAUGUAAUCAUUUCAAGUGCGUUCAGCAUCCUAUAAAAAUAAGUUUGAGAAAUUUAAGAGAAUUGUGUUUUCAUUAAGUUUUGCAUAUCUUUUGUUAUGCCAUGUAAAUUCCCUUCUUUUUUGUAUGAUUAAAGAAAAGGUUAUGAUAAAAUGAUUAGUUCAUUUACAUUCACUUGUAGCAGUUACAUGAGAAUUUGAAUUUUGUCGUGUUUGGGUUUGUUCAUUCCUGUGAAUGAUGGUACAGUUAGGUGAGAUUUUCUGUUAUGGUACCCAAACUCACCAUUUGGUCCUCUUUAAUCUUUGAGGGUUUCAAUAAAAAUUGUUCACUCA